GCACAAAACGAGAAGGAAGGCCUUCCGUUAUCAGCCUUUAUCUUGUUCCCGACGAGCCAGGGAGCUCCUCCAGCUAACUGAUUUUCAAACGCAACAAUGGUUUCGGCCCUAACUCAUUAUUCCUCUCCGUCCUUUUCGCCCACACUAUUCUCCCCUAAAACCCUAACUCCACCAACCUCCCCUGUCCUGUACUUCUCAGUAACCUCACCAAUUCCUCUCAUUCUUCACCACUUUCCUCGCAUUAUUCCAAUAAAACUUCCAGUUUUCCUGCUGCGAAUUCCGCGCCAGGUUCUAGUAGACCGCGCCGUUCAGUAUGCUCUUACAAAGCCGGCGACGAUAAAUUUCCGCAGAAGGUUGCUGUUGCAAUGAAGGGGAGACGUUAUAAGCUUUGUAUACAAGUUUACAUGGACUUCUGGCAGCAAGUAUUCCAUUACAUAAAUGACCUGUUCCAAUGUUUAAAUUAAGAAGCAUCUAAGUCUUUUGGUGCUGUGCAACACAUAACUACUCCCCAGCAGCCUGAGAACCUCACAACUCUGUCCCGGUUUUGGUCCUGGACUAAACAGCUUGGGAGAGUAACAAUAAGAUGGACACUACUACAAGACACUUGGCAAAAUCAUCCUCCUGGUUGUCAAAAUCCAGAUCCUCUUCACAUAUCCAACUGCAUAUACGCUGUGUACCCUUCAUUUUGGACAGAGAACUUAUGGCUGCAAAAUCAGGCAAAAUAUUCAAGUUACUCAAAGAGAAUCUGAGCGGAGACAUCUCUCAUUUACUGAUGGACAUCCCUACUGAUCCAGAAACUUUUGAGCUAGUAGUGAGAUUCUGCCAUGGCCGUGAACUAAAACUGUCACCUGAAAAUUGUAUUCCCCUCACAUGCCUUUCUAACUACCUUGGGAUGACCGAAAACCACAGCACCAAUAAUCUACUAAAGAGAGCUUUAACGUACUUGCAACAGAGAAUCCUCCCUAACUGGAAUGAUUUAGUUAACUCCCUUAAGGCCUCGGAAAAAGUUCUUCAAGAAGCUGUGAAACUAGGCUUGGUUGAUGCCUGUUUUGAGUCCAUUAUCGAGAUGGCACUGGUUAACCCUCACCUUCUUGGGGAACUGAUAAGGAAUCCAAGCAAUGAUGAUGUUGAUGAUAGUGAUAGUGAGGAAAUGAAAAAUGUAUAUAGGCCAAAUGCAAGGAGGCGGCUUUUUGUUCUUGAUCGGAAGUCAGAGGAUUUAAAUACACUCUCUCUCCAGCUUUAUGAGCCCAUCAUUAGGGGAAUGAUUCAUCGAAAAGUCCCACCGGAAUAUGUGGCUGCAUCUAUCUGUCAAUACGCAAAAAGAUGGGUUUUUUCUAGCAGCACAAGAGGGGAUGAUGUAUUGAUUUACAGAAGGAACUCACGGAGUGAAGUUAUUGAAGCAGUGGAGAGACUUCUGCCCCACGAGCAAGGACUCCUUCCUUGCACAUUCUUGUUUGAAAUGUUGAAUUCUGCUAUAAUAUUGGAGGCUAGCUCCAAAUGUAAAGAAGGGCUUGAGAUUAGGAUCGGAAAACAACUGGACCAGGCGACAGUCAAAGACCUCCUGAUACCAUCCCAAGGGUAUGCUAAAGAAGUGGAAUACGACGUGGAAUGCAUUAAGAGGAUUUUGAAGAGUUUUUACGGCAACUAUGUUCGUUCAGACAUUUCGGGACUAAUCACGGUAGCUGAACUGGUUGAAGAUUUCUUGGUUGAGGUUGCAAGCGACGUGGAUUUGAACACAGAAACAUUUACAUUACUCGCAGAGAUGUCGAUAUCAGCAUCUGUUGGAACGCAAACGAGCUCCGACGGAAUAUACAGAGCGAUUGAUGUCUACUUGGAUACACAUAGGUUUUUGACAGAGUCGGAGAGAGAAGACGUGUGCAGCAUUUUGGAUUGCCAUAAGUUGUCCCCAAAAGCUCGUGAACACGCUUCACAAAACAAUAGGCUUCCGUUGCGAGUGGUGGUGCAAGUACUUUUUGUGGGGCAGUUGAGCUUGAGAGAGAUUUUGACAAAGGAAGCGGAGGGUUGCGACGAUAGGUUGAGAAAGGUGGCGGCGAGGGAGGAAGAGGAAGAAGCGGUUAGGGUGGGUGGCUGUGAGGAGGAAGUGAGGACAGAGAUGGAGAGAAUGGGAAGCAAGGUGAUGGAGUUGGAGAGAGAGUGUGAUACGAUCAGGAGAGAGAUUCAGAGCAAUUGUUGUGGGGGAGCCAAGAAGAAGGAGAAAGGAAUGUGGAGGGACAUGAAGAGGAAGUUUGGGUGCACCACUAGUGUGAUCAACUGUGAUUGCCACGUGAAGAGGCACAAGAAAGUUCAUCCAAGACACUGACUAUGCAAAUAAAUUUAAUUGAUUUAUUCAUUUUCUUGUUUUGCUUUUGCCUUCCUUUAAUGUCAUGUUAGACCACCAACAAAUAGAACUGGUUUUUUUUUUUUCCUGUGUUUGCUCCAGGGAUUUUAUCUUCUUUGUGUAUUUGAAUCUUGAGUAUUAAAUUUUGCAGCAUAACCUUUAGCAGUUGGGUCAUUUUGUUUUUGGUGGUUCAGUAUAGAUGACAACGUUUCUAUAGCCUUCAAUUAGUGUGUAAGCUCGUUAUUUUCUCUUACCAAGUUUCUGAGUCGUUUUUCUUGUUA